AUGAUCGAAAUCAAAAUGCUUCUCACUGGCGAGCAAAAACCGAAGUUGGACUACAAUGGUUAUCUUUAUACCGUUGGACGUCGCAACAAAGAAAGAAUCAGUUUUCGGUGUAAAAAAACCGUCAAUGCGAAGACCGUUGUCAAACCGAUUCAAUCUUUUGAACGUAUUAUUGAAGAGGAUGAUUUCAAUCGAGUUUCAAUAUUGACUGACUUCAAAUCCGGUACGAUAGAAUCAAUUCAUUCGAUAUUUCCAAGUGUUGUUCACAAAGGUACUGGUCGCACGAAACCACAAUUUUCAAUUGAACUUUGGAAUGUCUACGAUCGGCUAAUUUCUAAUCUUCCACAUUCUAAUAACUCUAUUGAAGAUUGGCACAAUGCGUUUGUACACCAGGUUUCAAUCGGUCAUUCGACGAGUCUCAAGUUAACCGAAAAGAUCCCAGUUAAACAAUCAAAAUUUGAAAUCGAUAUUGCUCGAAUUCGUCAAGACCAUGAAUCAAAACCAAAGAAAACAAUAUAUCGAAAACUCGACAGUCGAAUUACACGCUUGAUCACUGAUUAUGGUAACGUCAAUCUCAGCGAAUACUUCAAGAACAUAGCUGUAAAUGUAUCAAUAUAG